GAGCACGAGAGGAAAAUGAAAAUGUUGCAAGAUGAGUUAGAGAGACUGCGUUUGCAAGCGUUGCGUGACGCCGAAGAAAUUACUAGAAUUGAAGACGAAGAACAAAGAGAGAAUUUGGAUGUCCAACGACGCGAAGCAGAGAGGUUAGCGAGAGAACUAAAGGAAGAGGAAAAAAUGCUCAAAUUAAAAGAAACACUGAUGAAUUACGACUUUCAAUGUCGCCCACUUAUCAGGAAAGAAGCCUUCCUUGAUUUGCAGGUAGACGACAUUGAAUUAAUCCGCAUUGCCUUAAUCGGGCCAGCAGGUUCCGGAAAGACCAGUUUCAUAGGAACACUACAGCGAGCCAUCGGAGAAACUCAAAGCGCUUUCGAACAUGGACUUGGAGGAGAAGGUACUAUUCUGCUCCAUGAAUAUUACGUGCAAAAAUAUAUUCGGAUGCUAGACACGAGGGGAUUUUUCGCUCAGGACGAAAAGCUUGUGGAUGAAUGCCUGGACAUCCUGACAGGAAGAAUUCGCCCUGGAGAGGAAAUUGAGAGAGAACACGAAAAAUCUGAAAAUCGCUCUAGCGAUGGAGGGCAGGACCCGAUGAAGACAACAAAGAAGACUUCUCCGCUCUCUAAAUGCGUACACGCUGUAAUUUUUGUCGUAAAAGGAAACGACCGUCGACUGGAAAAAGGCAUUUACACUGAGCCGCUUAGGAAAAUCCGGGCUCACUUUCAAAGAAAUGGUCACGCUCCUGUAACCGUAAUCACGUGUCUGGACAAACUGAAAACUGAAGAGGACCAAAGAGAUGCGUGUUACUUGGCAGCUAGGGUAACUGGCGGUCCAGGAGAAAGAACUCACCUCAUUUCUAACUAUACAAAAGAAAAUAACUGCAGGAGUCUUGCAGUAGAAAGAAGCGCUCUUGACAUUUUGGAGUCUGCCUUAAUUUCUGCUGAAAGCUUCAUACGAGUACACAAGCAGAAAGAGAAAAAUCAGAUAGAAAGGGAAAUAAUGGCCUCAGAACCAAAAAGUGGAGCAGACAGUGUUGAGAGGUUCUUUGCCCGUCUCAUGCAAAAGCACCACUGGACCGAACAAGGGAAAGUAAAUUCUGUACUUGACCACCUGAGAAGACAGGAAAUCAACACUGUCAUGGUCCUUAAGGAAAUGUGGGAAGAAGUCAAGUCGGACCUGCCAUUGUCAAUGGGCAUGAAGAAAGUUUUAGAACAGGAGAUGGGACGUAUUUAAAGUACAACUUUAACAAAAGAGCCAAACGUACUUAUUUUAUCUUUUGUUAAGCGAUAAAAUUGAGGCACAUAGGUAGGUAGAUAAUCUUUAUUUACCCACGGACAAUUCAUCAGCCAUAAAAACAUUCAAACAUAUAAACAUGCAUUAAAUGGAUAAGAUACGAUAAAAACUAUACUUAAAGCACAAACCUAACUAAAGCUGCUUUCCAAGAAUGCCGUGCCUGAACGUACUUCUUUAAUUAAACGCUUUAAUAACCCAAGGGACUCUGCUUGUCUUAUGUCACGGGGAAGUCUAAUCCAAAGAGUGGUGCCACUAUAGCUAAAGAUAUUUUUGUAAUAGUUUGUGCGCGGCAAAGGAACAUUAAGCUUAUUACAUCUUAUUUAGAAGCACUAUAAGAGCUUCGUUACUUUGGUGUUGGGAAUAUAAAUGGAAAUAACAUAUUGGCAAAAACCACUCAGUUAACAAAAAUAUUGUAAGCAGUUGAUAAUUUCCUAUUUCAAUGACGCUUUUACUUUGUAAGUAGAGUAAUUGUUACCUUUUCUUUCUGAGAGAAACUAUUCCAUUUAA